AUGUGGAUCUAUUUUAUUUUCAUUCUAACUUUCUCAACUAAAAUAGUUUGUCUUCAAACUUGUUCAAAUUUUGAAAAUGGUAUUGAUCGUCCUGGACCAUGGUAUGCUUAUAUUCAAACCAUAUCAUCGGCUGAUGCAUGUUGUAAUCUAUGUAAUGAUGAAGGUGCAAGAUGUCAAUCAUGGGUAUUUGUUCGUACAGGUGCUACUAUUGCACCUGGUUGUUAUCUUAAACAAAAUAUUCCACCUAUAAAUCAAGCUUCAAAUUGUCAACAAUAUUGUACAAGUGGUUUUAAACAAACAUCUUUGAUAAUUAGUGGUCGAUGUGCAUAUCCCGGUGGCAUAUUUGAAUUAGGUGUUGAUCGACCAGGUGAUAAUUAUGUUCGUUUAUUAAAUGUUCAAAAUCAUCCGACUUGCUGUGCUAUAUGUCAAAUGGAAGGUGACAAAUGUCGAGCAUGGACAUUUAUUCGAAAUGGAGCUCCAGGCAAAGAAAGUGGAUGUUUCCUAAAAGAUAAAGUGCCGCCAAUAAGCAAUGUUCCUUGUGUACCAUGUACAUCUGUUCGUCAUGGUGAACGAACACCUAGUUAUCUAUAUCCAACAAAUCCUAAUGAUCCUCAUAUUUGGCCAAAUGGUCUUGAGCAAUUGACUGUUCGAGGAAGAUUACAACAAGUUUCUUUAGGACAAUAUAUUCGAGAACGUUAUUCAAGUCUAAUUAAUUCUACUUAUGUAGCAUCUGAAAUUACUGUUCGAAGUUCGGAUUAUGAUCGAACACUUAUGUCAGCUUAUUCAAAUCUUGUUGGACUUUAUCCUUCGUCAAAAAACUUUCAAUUACCAGAAAAUAUGGUCCAAUCAAAUGUUUGGCCAGAAACAUUACCUUGGCAACCUAUUCCUGUACAUACUAUUCCAAAACCUAUGGAUCAUCUCUUGACUGUUAGCUCUUGUGAUCGAUAUGGCGAUUUAGUUGAAGAAUUAAGAAAAAGUCCUAGAAUUCAACGUCUGAAUAAUGAAUAUCGAGAUCUUUUUCAAUAUCUUGAAAAACAUACAAAUCAAUCUAUAUCUGAUAUAUUUAUUGCAUGGGAUGUUGCAGAUACAACACUUAUCGAAGCUAUUUAUAAUGUAACACCGGCAUGGGUUACUCCACCGAUUCUUCGACAACUACGUCAAGUAUCAGAUCUAUGUUUUUAUCAUCUUUUUUAUUCAUCUGAAAUUAAUCGAUUACGUGGUGGACCAUUAUUACGUGAAAUUUUACAAAAUAUUGAAAAUUUAAUAUCAAAUAAUGCUAAUGGACGAAAAGCUAAAAUUUAUUUUGGACAUGAUGUUACAAUUUCUGCUAUUCUUGCUUAUCUUGGUGUUAAUUAUGUUCAUCAACCACCAUUUGCUAGUGGAUUAUUUUUUGAUCUUUAUCAACAAGAUGAUAAUUCAUAUGCUAUUCAACUUGAAUAUUUAAAUAUAACAAAUAGUCGAAGUACACAUAUUAUGACACUGCCAGAAUGUUUUAAUGCAAUGUGUCCAUUGGAUACGUUUAUUCAAUUAUAUCAAGCGAAAUUACCCCAAGAUAUGGACAAAGAGUGUGAAUCAACUAAAAUUCAACGUACAUUUCCUCGUAUUCAUCAUGUUUCUUUUUCAUCAAAAUAA